CGCACCCAGGGCUUUCACCGCAGAGCGAGGGGCUGCGCUCGCUGCUGAGCUGUUCGCGCCAAAAAGCCCCAGGUGAGGGAUGCCCUAAAAUCGUGCUGGGGACGUGCCGACCUUGGGCUGUGCCCUGCAGGGGACUGCCAUGGCUAGCUUAGCCCUGGGAGCCAUCCUCGCUGUGCUGGCCUCGCUCAUCAUCGCUGCCAACACGCUGGUGGCCAUCGCUCUCCUUUGCCUCAUCCUGAAGAGCGGCUCCAAAGGGCUCUAUUUUGUCCUUAAUCUCGCUGUUGCAGAUGCCAUGGUUGGCUUCACGGUUGUGGGUCUGGCCAAGGAUGAGCUAUCCCAGCCCCUUCAACCUUCCCAGGUCUUCUGCGUCCUGAGAAUGGCUUUUGUGACCUCCUCUUCUGCUGCCUCUAUCCUGUCCCUGAUUCUGGUUGCGUGUGACAGGCACCUGUCAGUCAGGAAGCCUUUCCACUACGUCCAGCUGGUGACAGGCCUGAGGGUCGGGGUGCGCUUGGUGGUGCUCUGGCUGGUUGCUGGCAUCAUUGGCUUCCUCCCAGUCCUCACCCCGUGCUUUCAGAAGAUCUCCACCCAUAAGAAGUGCUCCUUCUUCGAAGUCUUCCACCCUGUCUACGUGCUCACCAUCUUCUGCGUUGGCUUCUUCCCAGCGCUCUUUCUCUUCUUUUAUCUCUACUGCGACAUGCUGAAAAUUGCCUCUGUGCACGUGCAGCACAUCCGACAAGUGGAGCACGCAGGGCUGGCGGGGGGCUGCCCCCCGUCCCGCACCGCCAGCGACAUGAAGGCCAUGCGCACCGUGGCAGUGCUCAUCGGGUGCUUCACGCUGUCCUGGCUGCCAUUCUUCGUCACCAGCAUCGUGCAGACUGUCUGUUCUGAGUGCUUGCCCUACAGAGUCAUUGAGAGCUGGCUCUGGCUGCUGGGACUGUGCAACUCCCUCCUGAACCCGCUGCUCUACUCCUACUGGCAGAAGGACGUGCGGCUGCAGCUCUCCCAGCUGGCUGCAAGCGUGAAGAGGAGAAUCCUCCUUCUCCUGGGGAAGGGCCACCGAUUCCCUGGAAGAGCCGCCAAGUCUCUCCCCACUGUGUCCUGCCCACAGCUCCAGAACUGAUACGGUAAGGAGCAGCUGUCGCAGGCUUUCCAGUCAUCUCCAACGUUGUCACCAUGAACUCGGGGCCUGUCAGCUGUGGAGGAGCUCACAGAUGGGGUGGGACCUGGCUGCAUGCUAUUGCCAGACAUCAGCAUGGCCCAAUUCCAGC